AAAUCUGUACUUUGUUCUUUCAUUGUAUGCAUAAAUACUAAUUCUUCUUUCUUUACAGAUAAUGAUUACAUUGAUGUCCCAAAUUCUAGUUGCAAGUCCAACAAAUCCAACUCCUUUUAUCUGUGUGACAUAUGUCACAAACAAUUUGCAAGCAGCCAUUUUAAUAGACAUUACCGUACACACACUGGGGAACGCCCAUUCUCUUGUGCAGAAUGUGGCAAACAUUUCUCUCAAAAAGAAAAUCUUCAGCGACACAUAAGAAGCCAUGAAGGAUUGAAACCAUUUAAGUGUGCCUUUUGCUCUAAAAGCUUUGUUUCAAAACAGUGUUUAUUGCGCCAUGCACUCUCUUUACACAAUUCGAUUUUAAAUUUUCUAUAUUUUUCCAAUAAAAUUCUUUGUAUUUCAGGAUAUUCACAUUCUAAUUCUAUUAACCUUGGCACUUUACAUGUUUGUAACAUAUGUAACAAACAGUUUGCUACUAGGUAUUACCUGAGCAGGCAUCAAGUGAUACAUACUGGUGAGCGUCCUUACAGUUGCCUAGAAUGUGACAGAAGUUUUUCUCAAAAAGAGAAUCUGCAACGACACAUGAGGAGCCAUUCUGGAAUGAAACUAUUUCGGUGUAAUUUUUGUACUAAGCGUUUCAGUACUAAGCAAAGCAUGUUGUAUCAUGUGGCUUCUAAGCAUAAUAUCUAUGACAUUGAAUUGUCUACUUUUGGCUACAUUUAUGAGGGUAAUGUGCUUCAUGUGUGUAAUAUCUAUAACAAGCAAGUUGGUGUCACGUUUUUACUGAGUAUAGCUUGUUCCAGUGACAUUCAACUGUCUGCUUCUGACUACACUUAUGAGGAUACUAUGCUUCAUGUGUGUAAUAUCUGCAACAAGCAUUUUGGUGCAAAAUCUUUACUCAUCAGGCAUUAUCUCAAACAUACUGGAGAACGUCCUUAUAACUGUAACCAUUGUUCCAAAACCUUCCGUCGAAAAGAAAAUCUUGUAUGUUUGAAAAGUUUCUUGAUUUUUAUAAUUCUUUCUUUCUUUAUUUUAGUGCAUCUUCAUUCUAGUAAUGCUGCCGAGUCCAGUUUCAGUUCCUUUACUGAUAUUUCUGCUAUUCAUCAGUGCAAUGUGUGUGGCAAAAUAUUUCCCCACCGAUCGGGCCUUAAAAUGCAUUCUCUUACACAUACUGGAGAACGUCCUUUCAAAUGUAAAUUAUGUAACAAAAGUUUUUCUCAAAAAGGGAACCUCAUGAGACAUGUAAUUACUCAUCAUCAUUCGCUUGGAAAACUUCUCUACAGUACCAAUUAUUUGUGUCUAAACUAUCAAGUUUUGUUUUCCCUUCUUUUAGUGAGCAAAUAUUCCAGUAAUACUUUAGAUUGUUGCUUCAAUGCUGAGAUGAAUGCUUUUGUGUGUUAUGUGUGUGGCAAAUUAUGUCCCAGCAAUGACAGCUUUAAAAUGCAUUUUAAUUUGCAUACUGGAGAACGACCUUUCCCCUGUUGUGACUGUGGCAGGAGUUUUAUCCAGAGAGGAAACCUCAUAAGGCAUCUCGCAAGUCAUGAGAAAGCAAAGGUCUCUUCUAAUGAUCACAGAGAUUAUCUAACAUGUACUGGUGAAAGAACUUACAUCUGUAAAGAAUGUGGUAAAAGUUUUUCUAGAAUAUCAAAUCUCAAAACGCACGUAAGAAGCCAUACAGGAGAACGACCAUAUGCUUGUAAUAUCUGUUUAAAAAGCUUUUCAACUAAACAACGCUUAUUGACUCACAAAGUUUCACUGCACCAAUUAUGCGAAGAAUAAUUGGCAUUCACUUUAUAGGAAAUAACUUUAAUGGUUUUGUAAAAUAUUUUUCUUUAGUUCAAUACAAUAUGGUAUUUAAAUUGCACUAUAUUUGAUGUAAUCCUGAUUGCAAAAGUUCAUUCUCUGUAUAAAGUGCUUUAUACUCUGUAUAAAGAGUGUUAUACUCUGUAUAAAGAGUUUUAUACUCUGUGUAAAGUGCUCUAGUUGCAAAGGUGCCCACUAAUCUAUAUUAUGAUUAUCCAUGAUUAUUAUGAUUUUUUAGUCAAAAUUAUGUUCUUGAUAAGUAUUUUUCUUUAGUUCAGUAUAAUAUGGUAUUUAAAUUGCACUACAUUUGAUUUAAUCCUGAUUGCAAAAGUUUAUUCUCUGUAUAAAGAGUAAAAAUUCUACCAAAACCUUAUAAAUUUGUGGUUUGUAGCCAGUAUCGAAAAAAAAUUAACACUCGAGUACUAGUUUUUUUACUUCAUUGUAAAUUCAUGAAUAUAAGGUAUGUAUUUACAUAGAAUUAAGCAGUAACAACUGCUUGAAAUUGUACUAAUUUGAAUUUGUUAACGUUAUAUAUAUUGUAUUUCUGAUUACUGAUAGCUAGUUUGAAAAGUUGUCACCUCUCUUAAAUGGACAUUGUCAUGUAAUUGUAAUACAUUAUAAUUAUUAAUGUUAUUCAAAUAUUACUUUUAAUAUCAAGGUGUUUAUCUUAAUGCAAAAGUGCUCUGUAAAAUGUAAGUGAAAUAAUGUUGUUAAUAUUAUUUUUAAUAACGAAAUAAAACUAAAUUCAUAAAAUUUCAUUGUUCUUUUGUUAAGAGUCAAAUACUUUAAUUUUUCACUUAAAGUUUUAUCUCUUCACCAUUUAAUUCUAACAUUUAAUAAUGCAACGGAAGGUUCCGUAACCAAUCCCAGUCAUUUCAGAAAUUUCUUUCCCGGAAUUUUUAGCGCCAGUAAUUUAAUCCUUCUAAACUCUGAAGCUUCUUUCUUAUCUAUUUUUCCUAGAUAGGUUUCAAAAUACUGGGACAAAAAUUAAUAAACACUGAUUUAAUUUGUUUAAUAUGUAAGUAUUUAUUUAUAAUUAUUAUUUUUGUAAUUCUUCCAGGGUGUGUUAAUAACUGAUAAUUGUGUUUAAAAGUUUUUAAAUCAAGCUUUAUUUUAAUCAUUUUAUAUUCUCUCUUCCUUUUGUUCACACUGUAACUAAAUGUUGUACAGAAUAUUUUUGAUUUAUUAUCUUUUAUAUGUGUUAUGACAGAAAUAUGUUUAGAAUACAACUUGUUCGAUUCUAAAUUUUAAGUUGACAGUUCUUACUCAUCUGAUAAAAGGAAAAUAUGAUGUAAAUGUAACAUCUGAUAACAUGUUAUAUUUGAUAUAACAUCUGAUACAAUGUUACAACUGAUAUAGAUUUUAUAAAACUAUUAAAAACUUGUUUUUGUUC